GCCUCUUUGGGGCACCUGGAGUGGAUCAUGCGCGCUGUCGCGGCCGCCCUGCACCCCGUGUUCUGCUUGGAGAACCGGGGCAAGUAUUCGAAUAAGUUUUCGGCGAUUCGUGCGAUAGAUUGCAAGUCGGCGUUCGAUCGCGCGACUAGCUGGCUGAUGAAUCGGUCACCUUGGCCAGGGCUCAAGCUGAGGAAGCGGCUCGCGUUUGCCGCGCUGGUGCUCCUGUUCCGCCCCCCGGGCCGGGCAACGGCGAAGUUCGAGGUGGCAGGGCGCGACGACCAGGCCAGGAUGUUCAUGCUCGGGCUGUCGGACGCUUGCCCGGGGGAGUCGUCGGCCGCGAUGUCACUGGCCAGGGCCAAGGUCAAAGUGCCUGCCAAGGCACUGGUGGCAGAAGCUCCGGCCAAGAAGGGCAACGCGCAGGUGACGUUGCAGUGCGUGGCCAACGCGGGGAACGUGCAGGUGUGCGCCGCCGCCGCGCUGGAGGGCGAGGCGCCAGAGAUCCUCGUGAGGCUCGAGAAGAUGUGCGCCAAGUGGCAGAGUGCUCCGCUCGACGACAAGCCGAAGCUGGAGAUGAAGUGCCCCGCGGCGAAAUUCUUCCGCGCCAAGGCAGAGAAGCCGACCAUGCAGCAGCAGCAGCAGGGGAAGGAGGACGAGGUGACCAAGCUGAGCCUGGCGAGCGACGAGGGCUACGCCGAGGCGACGGGCGCGAUCUUGGAGAACGUGGCGCGGUCGCUGCAGGGUUUUCCCGUCAUGACGGACCGCGUCUUGGAGGUGCUGCGGCCGUUCGCCCAUGGGGCGAACCUGGCCCCCGAG